AUACCACCCAUCCUAGUGAUUUACUUAAAUUCAAUAACAUAUAUGGAAUCGUCCUUAGACAUAAAAAACGAAAUAGUCUUCUCGAUAUUUUUAAAAAAAUCAAUUCGGAAAAUAUCACAAAUAUCAGAUUGAGAGAUAUUACAUUUACCGAAAAAAAAGAUGAAAUAUUAGAUUUUUUUAUAUCAUUGAAAAAAUUAAGAUGUCUUAGCUAUAUUAAUACAAAUAUCAACAACAUUAAAACUAUUUAUGAAAAAUUUAAAAACUCGAAAACUUUAGUGUAUUUAAAAGUAAUAUCGCCUGAUCUUAAAUAUCACGUUUUUACAGAAAAUUUACUCAAUGAAAUUCUUAAUAACGAAAAUAUUGAAAACAUCAUUAUCGGAUUUGAUUGGAAAGAAGAAAAUUUCUUAAUUAAUAAAAGAAAUUCUAGUAAGAGAUACAGAUGUCGGUUAAACAUGAACGAAACUUUUACUCAAGUAUCAAAGUGGUACUUUGGAAAAAAACAUAAAGGAAAGAUUAAAAAUCAAAUUCAUUACGUAGAAGAUCAAGAUGGAAAUCUUUAUCUUCAAGUUAAACUUACACAAAAUCAAAUCAUGAUUACUGAUUUAAAACAUUAUCAACUUGUUAAAAAUCAUCUUUGGUAUAGUUCUAAAGAAAAAAAUACAUAUUAUACAAAAACAAAUUUAAAUAAAACAACAAAGAGGUUUCAUCGAUUAGUUCAUUCUGAUUGGUUUAUGAUAGAUCAUAUCAAUCGUAAUGGAUUAAAUAAUAGAGAAAAAAAUUUAAGAGAAGUUACAAAUUCUCAAAAUUUAUUAAAUACAAAAUUAUAUAAAACCAAUACUUCAG